AACUUAAUAAUGGUUUUACUUCAUUAUUCUGCGGUGGGAUUAGUAAAAUUAUUAUUGGAUUAUAUCCAUACAUGAGUCAUGAAAUUUUAGUUCCUCAUGCUGCUUCACAGGGUUUAACAAAGUUACUAGUAUGUCUGGAAUCGUACAAUAUGUGAUUGUUCGUGGUGAUCUUUUAAAAUCACUUGGGUGGCCUGUUGGUGCUGUGAUUGCUCAAGCAUGCCAUGCGUGCUGUGCUGUCACACAUCUUUUCUAUAAUGAUCCAGAUACACAAACAUACCUUGCAGAUUUAGAUAAUAUGCAUAAGGUAGUGUUAGAGGCUCCUGAUGAAAAAAGCAUCAAUGAUUUAAAAACAAAAUUGGAGGAAAACAACGUUAGCUAUAAACUUUGGAUAGAGCAACCAGAAAACAUUCCAACAUGUUUAGUCGUUAAACCAUAUCCAAAAGAGCAAGUACAAAAAUAUUUUAAGAAAUUCAAAUUGUUUAAGCACUAAGUGUAUAUUUAGGAUUUUUAAGAAUAAAGCUGCUGCAUAUUAAUGAAAAUAGAAAAAUCUACUUGUUCAAUAUCC